AUGGGAGGAGUUAACAAGAGCCUCAACUUUAGUCUCCUUAUCCUAUUCUCCAUCUCCUUGGCCAUCUUCACAAGUGCUGAUGAGCCCGAGUGUAUAUACGGCGUAUACGUGCAAACGGGCUCGAUCAGGCAGGCCGGGACCCACUCCAGGAUAAGCCUAAGCCUAUUUGACGCGUCCGGAGCCCAAGUUGUGGUCCCCAAUCUCGAAGAUUGGGGCCUCAUGGGCCCGGGCUACAACUACUUCGAGACUGGGUACCUGGACCUCUUCGGAGGGAAAGGCCCGUGCCUGAAUGGGCCUGUUUGUGGACUGAACCUCACUUCGGAUGGGUCCGGCCCAUACCACGCGUGGUACUGCGACUAUGUGGAGGUGACCACAUUUGGAGUCCAAAAGCAGUGCUCUGAGCAGCAUUUCGCGGUGGAGCAGUGGCUGUCGACCGAUCGGGAGCCUUAUGAGUUGACGGCCAUCACGAACAAUUGCUUAUCUAAAGGCGGUUAUCGAGGGGCCCACAAGAGUGGUUCGAGCUCGGCUAGGUUUUAG